CGUCAUUCCCAGCUUCCGGUGUAAACGGAAAACAUCAGAAAGAGCACAUCGAAGGAGAAAGACGCUAAUAAUUUUCCGUACCUUGGAGACAUAAUGCCUCGUCGGUGUGUUGUCGGAGGGUGUAACAACACCAACAGGGAGGGAUUCAAGUUGCACCACUGGCCCAAAGAUGCAAAAGUGGCAAGAAAUUGGACGAAAUUUGUUCGAAAUACGAGGGUGUGGGGAAAGCCGACGAAAUGGUCAGUGGUUUGUUCCGCACACUUUACCGACGAAAGCUAUGCUACGACAGAGAUGGCAAGAAUGUUUGGAUAUCCUCCGACACUCAAAGCAGAUGCAUUUCCAACUAUAAAGUCAAAGAAAUCUGCCGCCAGACCCCCAUUGAACGUGCCGAAGUGUGUGAGCUAUUCAGGGACAAAGGACCUCGAUAGCACGGCAAGCAAUGGCGGCAGUUUGUUCCCGCAGAUGAGCGAGCUAAACCCCCUGGAUGUCUUGGCUCACACCGCUUCUACCGAAGAUGAUCACGUGAAGAAUAUGGGCCCUAGCUUCCCUGGCCUGCUGACAUCAACUCCAAAACUGGACAGAUCAGCUUUCAGGAAAAGAGAGCGGAUGAGGGUGUUACAGGACAUGUUUUCGAACUCUUAUCAACAUUCGACUGAAGAGGAUGAUUAUCAAACUUUUUCAAGAGCGGAUAUUGGAGUUCAGAUAUACCCUGAUGUGAAGUCUAAAGACGUCCAGCAGCCCCCUCACAUCAAAGAGGUAGAGGAGGAAGUGUGGAUGAGUCAGGAGGGAGAGUGUCCUGUAGGGCAGGAGGAGGCUGAUGUCAGCAAGUUUCCACUGACUGUUGUCUCUGUGAAGACUGAAGAGCAUGAAGACAAACCACCUGAGUCCUCACAGCUUCAUCACAGUCCAAACGUCCAGCAGGUGUCAGCAGAGAGUCAUGAAGAGAUUCCCUCCAAGCAGCAGGAGUGGAGCUCCAGUGUGGGACAGAAGGAGCUACAGACCCCCUCCCACAUUAAAGAAGAAGAGGAGGAACUGUCGAAGCAGCUUCAAAGGUUGGUGGAGGCUAAUGAUGAAUAUGAAGCUCAGUCCUUACAGCUUCAUCACAGUCAAAGUGAGGAGAACAGAGGGGCGGAGCUUGUAAGUCAACACAUCACAGAAGCUGAUGGAGAGCAUUGUGAAGAUAUAAAGUCACAACCAGACAGCAUCUUUGCUCCACUGUCAGACAUGGACCACAUGAUGUCACACUCUUCUGAUCACAGUGACCACAUCCAAAAACCUUUGGAGAGUAAAAAUGACUCUAAAGGUGAUACGAGACAUCACACUAACAACAAACACUUGGACUGCUCUGAAUGUGGGAAAUCAUUUAGACACAAGAGUUAUAUUACAAUACACAUGAGGAUACAUACUGGAGAGAAACCUUUUACUUGCUCUGUUUGUAAGAAGAGUUUCUCCAGAAAGCUUGACAUGACCACACACAUGAGAACACACACUGGAGAGAAACCUUUUACUUGCUCUGUUUGUAAGAAGAGUUUCUCCACAAAGCUUGUCAUGUCCACACACAUGAGAACACAUACUGGAGAGAAACCUGUUACUUGCUCUAUUUGUAAGAAGAGUUUCUCCAGAAAGCUUGUCAUGACCACACACAUGAGAACACAUACUGGAGAGAAACCUGUUACUUGCUCUAUUUGUAAGAAGAGUUUCUCCACAAAGCUUGUCAUGACCACACACAUGAGAACACAUACUGGAGAGAAACCUGUUACUUGCUCUAUUUGUAAGAAGAGUUUCUCCAGAAAGCAAUACAUGACCAAACACAUGAGAACACACACUGGAGAGAACCCGUUGAGUUGCACUGUGUGUGAUAAAAGGUUCAGGUAUAAGUAUCAGGUCAGUAAACACAAGUGUGUAACAGUCAUGGAAGCUGCAGGGAUUUAAAAACACUUAUAAACAGUGAUUGUGUUAAAUGUACUCUAAUAACACAUCAUGUUUAAAGGGGAACAUUAUUACCAGACCUAUGUAAGCGUCAAUAUAUACCUUGAUGUUGCAGAAGAAAGACCACAUGUUUUUUAACCGAUUUCCGAACUCUAAAAGGGCGAAUUUGGCGAUUUAAACACCUCUCAAUUGUUCGCUGUCAGAGCGAUGAUCUUUCACCCGUGACAUCACAAUGGGAAGCAAUCCGCCAUUUCCUCAAACACAUUACACACACAAGUCAAAUCAGCUCUGUUAUUUUCCGUUUUUUCGACUGUUUUCCAUACCUUGGAGACAUCAUGAAUCGUCGGUGGGUUGUCGGAGGGUGUAACAACACGAUCAGGAACGGAUUCAAGUUGGAAUGUGCACUGAUUAGAACGUCAUGAUAAUCGAUGCUAACAUGCUAUUUAGGCUAGCUGUAGGUACAUAUCGCAUCGCUAUGCCUCAUUUGCAGCUAUAUUUGCAUCCAGCCUUUCUCUCCACCCACAUUUAAGGCCAAACAAACACAUACCAAUCGACAGAUUCAAGUUGCACCAUUGUCAAAAGAUGCGAAAGUCCCUCGUUUGUUCUGCACAUUUUACCGCCGAUGCUACGACAGACAUGGCACAGAGAUGUGUGGAUAUCCUGCAACACUCAAAGCAGAUGCAUUUCCAACGAUAAAGUCAACGAAAUCACAACGGUGAGUUUUGUUGAUGUUAUUGACUUAUGUGCUAAUCAGACAUAUUUGUACACGGCAUGACUGCCAGGUAAUCGAUGCUAACAUGCUAUUUAGGCUAGUUGUAUGUACAUUUGUAGCUAUAUUUGCAUCCAGCCUUUCCCUCCACCCACAUUUAAUGCCAAACAAACACUUACCAAUCGACAGAUUUAAGUUGCUCCAGUGGUCAAAAGAUGCACUCUUUGGUUAGAAGGCGAUCGCCGAAUAGCUUCAAUAGCUAUUCACUCAAAAGCUUCAGUUUCUUCUUCAAUUUCGUUUUCGCUAUCUGCCUCCACACUCCAACCCUCCGUUUCAAUACAUGCGUAAUCUGUUGAAUCGCUUAAGCCGCUGAAAUCCGAAUCUGAAUCCGAGCUAAUGUUGCUAUAUCUUGCUGGUCUAUCCGCCAUGUUUGAUUGUAUUGGCAUCACUAUGUGACAUCACAGGAAAAUGGACGGUGGAUUUACAGAUAGCGAAAAUCAGGCUUUUUAAAGCCUUUUUUUGGGAUAUUCCAUGAUUGGUAAAAUUUAGAAAAAAAACUUCAAAAAAUAAAAUAAGCUACUGGGAACUGAUUUUUAUUGGUUUUAACUUUUCUGAAAUUGUGAUAAUGUUCUCCUUUAAUAUGAAUGUAUAUUUGAUGUUGUAUGUAGUGCUUCUCAUCUUCUACUGUUAUAUGUUAUCCUGGAGUUUUUAAGUUGUGUGCAUGUAUUGAAUAUCAUGUAUGUAGCUACUAAUUUAUUUGAUUUUCUCAUUGUUAAAGAGUGGACAUCUUUAUUUUCACUUGGGGGUUUUUUUCACACAUUUUCUUCCUAUGUAUUUUUAUUGAUGUUAUCCAAUUAAAAGUAUGAAUGAAUAAAAUAUUUAACAAAAUGUGGACUUUAGUAGAUUAGCAGCAU